AUGGUCGACUCUGAGAACCUAGUCCAUCAACUACUCACAACCACCUCAGACUCAAUCUCAGACUCAUCUGACUCAAGCUCAUCAGAACAACAACAACAACUCACCCACAACGAAACCGACCCACUCUACCUCAGCCAACACCCACCCACCUCAAACCAACUCAUCAACACCAAACCCAUCAUCUCAUUCGACCCACUACCAACAACAGCAACAGCACCACCACCACCGCAAGAAUCAACUGCCAAUCACUCCGAAUUCGGAUUCGAUAACCACAACCAACACUAUCGAUACAUCUCCCAGUUCAGACCGAUCCUCAACCAAAACUCAUCCAGCUUCCACUCUAAACAAGAACUACUCCAAUCCACUCUCAACAACGACCAGCAGACCUACAACAUCUCUGCCCAGGAUAUCAUCACCCAAGAACCAGAGGAACCGGGCUACUGGGUCUAUCUAUCCACCUACUUCUCCUAUCUGAUCCUCAUCCUACUCGGUCAUGUUCGAGACUUCUUCGGCAAACGCUUCAAGUCCGCCGACUUCACUCAUCUCAUGCCACAGGAUGGAUACGCCGCCUUGAACUCUGACUUCGACUCAUUCUACACCAGAAGGUUGAAGGCACGCAUGGAUGACUGUUUUGCGAGACCGGUGACCGGGGUGGCGGGGAGGACGAUCAAGCUGAUCCAGCGGGUCACCAACGACCAUUGCAAGACCUUCCUCUACACCCAUCAGCUACAACAGGCCUUGAAUAUCUCCUCGUACAACUAUCUAGGCUUUGCACAAUCACAAGGAUAUGUUACCGACAGGGUCGAGGAAACGUUGAUCGACGAGAGCGUCUCCGUCGGCGGAGCACGCGAGGAUGUGGGCACCUUGGCCAGGCACAUCAGAUGCGAGAAACUGAUCUCCCAGUUCCUAGGCGUCGAGGAGACCAUGCUCAUCAGCCAAGGCUUUGCCACUAACUCCACCACCUUCCCCGCCAUCGCCGCCAAGGGAACCCUGAUCAUCUCCGACGAAUUCAACCACUCCUCCAUCCGAUUCGGCUCUAGACUCUCAGGCGGCAUGGUCCGUCAAUACAAACAUAACGACAUGAAUCAUCUCGCCAAGUUGCUCCGAGAAUCUAUCUCCCAAGGCCAACCUAGAACCCAUCGUCCUUGGAAGAAGAUCAUCGUCGUCGUCGAAGGCAUCUAUAGUAUGGAAGGUACUAUCGUCAAUCUUCCGGCACUCUAUGCUCUCAAAGCUAUCUACAAGUUCUAUCUAUAUGUCGACGAAGCUCAUUCGAUCGGCGCAUUAGGACCACGCGGCAGGGGAGUGUGCGAUUACUUUGGUUUAGACCCAGAAGAGAUCGACAUCAUGAUGGGCACGCUCACGAAAUCAUUCGGAGCGAGUGGGGGAUACAUUGCGGGCAAAGCGUCGAUCAUCAGAGCGCUCCGAGCCAAGAACCAUUCGUCGGUGUAUGGUGAAUCGAUGAGUCCGGCCGUCAUCCAACAGAUCAUGUCCUCCUUGACCCUGAUUGCCGGGCUCGAGGACCCCGAGCCGACUGGCCAACCCCCAUCAUCGACGCCUGAUAAGGAUCCCUCCGCGCUCGUCCCUCGUCCGCUCGUCCCGGAGGGCCAAGAACGCCUUCGUAGACUCGCCUUCAACGCUCGUUAUCUUUCCUCGGGCUUGCGCAAACUUGGGUUCAUCGUCUAUGGCGAUCGAGAUUCGCCGAUCAUCCCGUUGUUGAUCUUCCAUCCUGGCAAGAUGUUACAAUUCUCAAGGAUGAUGUUAGAAAGAUAUGCGAUCGUAGUUGUCGUUGUAGCCUAUCCGGCCACCCCAUUAGUCUCAUCCCGGGUCAGGUUCUGUGUGUCGGCCUCGCACACGAAAGAGGACAUCGACAAGAUCCUGAUUGCGACGGACCAGAUCGGCGAACUCUUGGGGCUCAAGAUGUCGAAGCGGAACGGCUUCCUGUCCAAUCCUUCGGCGCUCACUCAUCCGAUCGUCAAUCUCGAUGGCAAUCAGAGAUGGGAUAUCCAAACCGUCUUGGAUAAUAGUCUCGCCCUCGUUCAGGCUUGA